UGUCCACAGAGCAGAUGUUGUUCUCUUCAUGCUCUUUCUUUUAUACUCGUCUUUUGCUGCUCCGUCUGCAGGUACAAAUAAGACGUCCAUCGCAGAUCAGGAACACAAUAGCAUCGGGCACCCCGGCAUUGUGCUGAAUGGUGAAGAGCAGGGAAAGGCACAGUGGAAGUGCCGACACAGACUUCGGAAGCGCGCGGACGGCUAUGACGCGUGGCUGAACGGAUACGACACCAAUGUAAUAGAUGGAGACUCCACAGGAAGCCCCUGUCAGGUUAUUCCUGUCACCAUCAACCCCCCAGCCACACCAAAACCAACAACCGUUCAGUCAACGAAAGCGGGAAGAGCUUCACUGCCAACCCCCCAUUUGCCCCCCCAGGUAACAGACAGGCCUCGGGCCCCCUAUGGAGGAUAUGUGAUUUUCCCUUAUAAUCCAGCUAAUGGCAGACCAGCAGUGUAUCGGUAUGACACUACUAAUGGCUUAGUUCCCCUGCAAGGAGUAUAUCCCAGCAACAGGCUGGUACCAGCAAACGGCGUUAUUCCCACAUUUGGGAGGGUUUUAACAGUAGGAAUCCUUCCAGGAGGUGCAAAGAUUCCCGCUGGCCGAUUUGUUCCAAACACUGGUGUUGUGCCAUCAAGCAGAGUGAUUCCUGUCGUUCCUCUUGCUCCUAAAACGCAGACCCCCAUCAACGGGCAUUCCCCAGGAAGAAGACCAUGUGUCAGGACUGGGCUAGUCCCCAGCCAACAAGUCAUCGGCACACAGGGGGCCACCAACCAGUUUUAUCCCGCCAAUCGGCUGGUUCCCAUCAAUAAAUUAGCCCUUCAGAGCAGAUUUCUUUCCAGCAACAGUCUUGGGGGUAACGUAGGUUUGGUGCGCGGCCUGGGCAGGGUUUUAGGCUCAGGGUCAUCUGAAGAGGGCAAAAGGAGAAAGAGGGAAGCUGACCCGGAGGACAGUAGCGUCGUCAGUGACAAAGAGGCCUUCUCGCUGUCGCGCUCCAUCAGAGAGCUCGUGGCAGGACGUGGAGGCGAGACGAAUCCUGCCGCAGUGAAAACUGUCAAGUCCUGAAAACACACCUCUCAAGCAACAAGCAACACAGAACGACUGAACUGCAGUACUUCUCACUGAGAUUUAACAAUAUUAUUAAAAUCCGUAGAUUAAAAUGUCUUUAAGGUGAAACUUUUAUUUACACUUUUCAAAGAAAACAUUCACAAAGUGUUACCUGUCAGAAAUAAAACAAGUAUUUAAUUGUUUUAGGGGCAAAAGUCCCCUUUUUAUCACGUAUUGUUUUAAUGUAAACAUCUAUGAAUGUAAGAUUUAAAUCAGGCUGUUUUCUACAGAUCUCAGAUCCAUUCUCUUAUAGAUUCUCCCUCUUUUCUAUAAAAAUUCUUUAUAAGCCAUAAACUAUUUGAAUGUCUUCAUUUCAGAAUUGCUAGUGCUCUUAAACUGGUGUUAGGAAUGCAAAAUACUAGAACACUAUGAAUGUUUCAACAAAUUAUAUGUAAAUUAUUUUAUUAUUUUAAAAAUUUAAAACUAUAUCAUGACUUUGUUGCUAAUAAUGAAUGUGUCUUUAAAUAAAUCCACUUGCAAAUAAUUAAAAUUCUAAUCCUUGAACUAGCAUGUUGAUUUAUUAAUACCCAUGUAACACUUUUACUGUAUGUUUUGAUCAUGAGUCGAAUUGCUCUUAUGAUACAUUUUUCUAAAUACUCCAGAAAAAAAAUGAAAAAAUAAA